UGGUGCAGCGAUGGGUACAUUUGCGUGUAUGUUACCGCGAACCAGUUUGGUCAGCAUUUGGGUUAUGUUUUUGUUUGUUGUAGAAUAUUUCUCGCAGAUCUAACUACAGAGUUAGGGUGGGUAGAAGCCGUGAGUAUCUAUUAAAUGACUAAAUAGGCCAAAGUACAGCGCAUGGUAUGCUUCCAUCCGGAGAGAAAAAGUACUUUCUUUAAACCUGUAAGAGAGUUGGCUUGAGCUUUUGGCACACGCGACCGGCAGGUUUCUGGUUUGCAAUUUUUUACGAGAUGAAUAUGCCGUAUCUCAACGGAGCUUGAUAACUUUAAGUGUGUAGUGGCGUUUCUGUGUAGUUCACAACGGCCCUGGGUCGCUAGAAAGCCAGUACCAACGACCGUGUUGCACCUGACCCGGACUGUGCCUUGCAAACUUAUGGUGUAGUCCGUGGAUAGGUUCCAGUUCUAUGUGUGGUCCUGCCAGGAACGAGCCGUCUGACACAGAGCGUGACAUGGGGUGUUUGACAAAUUUAAUCAUGCUUCCAGGGGGACGGGAUUGUUCGUAGGGAGGUAGCCAAGUCCCUGGCUGCGAUGACAGAUGGUAGUGCCGUCGCUGUCAUGAAGAGAUUCACCGUGCCCUUAACUGCAAGGUGUCGGUAGCAUCAAAUUUUAGUUACUAAUUUUUUUUUUUGUAUAUGCGUUGUUUAGAUUUAGCGGACGAACUGUACGAGAAAACAAGGAAAAACAUUGGCAAGCUCUGAAUGGUUAUGGCUGCGCAACUGUUAUCUCCACUUCUAGAAUGAAGACUCCGACAUCAUCAGUUGCAGAGCCUAAAAUUGUGUCAUAAAACAUUGUCAGAAGUAGGAUUAUUUAACAAUAUCAUGAAUCUCCAUCAAGUCCUUACUGGAGCUGUAAAUCCAGGCGACAACUGCUUUGCUGUGGGCAGUAUCAACGAUCAGCCUUUCACGGCUUAUGCAUCAGGAUGUGAUAUUGUCAUUCUAGGCAGUAACUUUGAAAGACUACAAAUUAUUCCAGGGGCAAAAAAUGGAAAUAUUCAAGUUGGAUGUGUGGAUUGCUCUGUUCAACAGGGCAAGAUUGCAGCCUCUUAUGGAAAUGUUGUGUGUGUUUUUGAGCCUGUCCAGAUAGUAAAUCAGAGGAAUAAGCACACUUCAAAAUGUAACUACCAGUGGCAGAAAAGUGGUCAGUUUGUUUUGCAGUCCAUAGCACAUAAUCUAACCUGGGAUCCUACAGGAACACGUCUUCUGACUGGUUCAACGUGUAUACAACUCUGGUCCAAUGUUAAACCAAAAGGAGGUUUUGAAGAAAAAUCUGAAGAGGACAUGAGCAUAGGUUGUAGCAUUGGUGACUGGAAAUGUAUUUGGCAUAGCAAAACUUCAUCUCCAGUACAUCUUAUGAAAUUUUCUCCAGAUGGGGAGUUUUUUGCCACAGCAGGAAAGGAUGACUGCCUUGUGAAAGUAUGGUAUAGCACAAGUAACUGGCAGACUGCAACGAUGCCCCUGGUUAAUCUUCCAGAAAGAACAAUGCAAAGUGAGGCUGACUACUCGUUUGUGUAUCUUGCUCACCCACGCACAGUCACAGGCUUUGCAUGGAGGAAAACAAGUAAAUAUAUGCCAAGGGGUUCUGUUUGUAAUGUCUUGCUAACAUGUUGCAAAGAUAAUGUGUGUCGUCUUUGGACAGAGACUCUUUUACCUAAUGAUAGCUUAUUGUCUGGAGUUCGCCACAAUCGCAGUACUGAGUCUGUGACUUCAACUACUGGUCAUAGUAGGCAAGCUACCAGCAAAGACCAAGUACAGGACACCUUAGAGCUAAACAUAAAUCAGCUUCAUAAAGGAAGGAGGAGAGCAGCUGGUUUAGUGGCACAUAUGGGAUAUUUGCCUCAUCAGCGAGAUACUCAUGAGGUACACAGGAACAACUCGGCUCUGCACGCAAAUGCACUUUGUCACUUUCAUAUUGCUGCCAGCAUCAACCCUGCAACAGACAUUCCGUUACUUCCUUCUAUAUCUUCACUGAGUCAAGAUGAUGAAAAUGAACUGACCAGUCCCUUUGUUGUACACUGGCUGAACAACAAAGAAUUGCACUUUACUUUGUCCAUGGAAGUAUUUUUACAGCAGCUGAGAAGAAGCCUUGACCAUCAGUCUCUAGAAACCAGCACUGAAGAACAAUGUGAGGGGAACAGCAAAUCAGAUGAGGAAACAGGCAACAGUGAAGAUGAUGAAGAAGAGUCUACAGGCAUAAGAGACUUGCAUGGAGAGAGAAACCACUGUAGUACUAAUACAAUGCCCUUUUCUGCUGCAGCCAUAGAUCAUGAAAUAGAAGUGCUACUUACAGAAUGGAACAAAAAUGCAGACAUGCUUUUUAGUAUUCAUCCUAUGGAUGGUUCUUUAUUAGUAUGGCAUGUAGAUUGGCUGGAUGAGUAUCAACCCGGAAUGUUUCGUCAAGUUCAGAUUUCAUUUGUCUCAAGAAUUCCAGUAGCUUUUCCAAUGGGGGAUGCUAAUUCUCUUAGCAGAAGCAUUAUCAUGUAUGCAUGCACAAAAAAUGUGGAUCUUGCAAUUCAACAAGGAAAACAAAAGCCACCAGGAAUGAAUCGUUCAUCUUCAAUGUUAAUCUCUUUUGGUCACAGUAAAUCUAGCAGUUUAAAACUAAGCAUUUUUACUCCAAAUGUCCUUAUGAUCUCCAAACAUGCAGAUGGAUCUUUGAAUCAGUGGACUGUCAGUUUUGCUGAGGAAUCUGCCUUUUCAACAGUACUUAGUGUCUCACAUAAAUCUCGGUAUUGUGGCCAUCGCUUUCAUCUCAAUGAUUUGGCUUGUCACCCUGUUUUACCUUUGCUUCUCACAACCUCCCACCAUAAUGCACUAAGGACCCCAGAUGUAGAUUUUAUGAAUAACUGCAAGGGUGUAGACAAUGUGAUGAAACACAACUUGCUUUCAGAACGGCUUACCAGCACAGUGGAAGAUGCAACAUUCCAAGACGCCAAUGCUAUAUACAGUGAACUAAUUCUAUGGAGGGUUGACCCAGUAGGACCUUUAUCAUUUUCUGGAGGGGUAUCGGAGCUAGCAAGGAUAAAUUCCCUUCAUGUAUCAGCAUUUUCAAAUGUAUCCUGGCUUCCAACAUUAAUUCCAGCAAGUUGUUUAGGAACUUAUGGAAAAUCGCCUUGUGCCUGUUUUGUGGCAAGUGAUGGUCAUUCUCUGAGACUGUAUCAAGCUGUUACAGAUGCUAAAAAGCUCUUAAGUGAAGUCUGUAAUCCAGAUAUCUCAAAAUCGGUUGGAGAGGUAUUUCACAUUGUAAGCCAGCAGUCCACUGCCAGACCAGGAUGUAUCAUUGAGCUUGAAGCUAUCACAGAGCUUUAUGGAUGUGAAACGCAGCUUCUUCAUGUGUUUGAAGAAGAUAUUCUAGGAGGCAAUAAAAUAGAAGAAAACAUUGAUCAAGUUGAUGAAGGGCAUAAUUUACAUAAAGGCACAGAAGAAUGUUUCUCUCAAAGGUUUUAUUUGGUGGUAAUUGAAUUUACCCAAACUUGUCGUUCAUUAUUGCACAUGUGGCUUCUGCAUCUGAAAUCAGCCAAGAUUGUUAUAGAAAGACAAGAAAAAACUGAAAAUGAAUUUUUGAUAAUCCCUCAAGAGGAACCGUGCAACAUUUCUCCAGAAAAAUCACCGUCUCCACAGUCUCAGUUGUUCAAGGCCUGUAGAGCUAAUUUACAGAGUGCUAGUAGGCUUACAGUCACAUCUGAAAGAGUUUACAGCCAGGAAAUGAAUCUACCUGAUGGAGUGGAAAUUAUUACUGCAACACCCUCAGCAGGACACCUGAGUUCUUCAUCCCUGCACCCAACAGGUCUUUCACCCUAUCUUUUGGCGACUGCCUGUUCAGAUGGGAAAGUUCGAUUUUGGAGAUGCAGAGUGGAUUCUGGACAUUUAAUUUAUGAUAGUGAAAAAUCUGUGAAUAACAGUCCUGCAUAUGUAUGGGAGGAAUGGCCGCUUCUUGUUGAAGAUGGUUUCCCAAAUAACAGUGAAAUCAGAGUGUUGGGAAGACCAGUGGAAGUUAGCUGUUGUAAUACAAGCCACAUUGCUGUGGCAUACAAAAGUGCCUCUUCCUAUAACACAGCCAGAGACUUUACAAUGCAUGUUGGAAUAUUUGAUUGUGAAUCAACAGGUGGUUCACAGUGGGUUCUGGAACAGACACUUACCCUUGAUGAACAAAGCACAAUUUUAGACCCUAGGAUAAGCAUUGAUAGUAAUUUAACAGUGUACAACAAGCAAGAUGUAUAUUUAAAUGAGAUUUUUCCAGUGUCCAAUACUAAGCAUUUAGUUCAUUUGGACUGGGUGUCUCGAGAAGAUGGUUCACAUAUUUUAACUGUUGGUAUUGGCUCCAAACUUCUGAUGUUCGGCCAGAUUUCUAGGCAUAUGCCAGAUCAGAAUGCCAAAGAAGCACAUAUGGCUUCAGCCUCUCCUUUGUGGGAAUAUGCAAAAGACCAACCUUAUUCAAAAUUUAUUCUUUUAAGAUCAGUAGAUCUUGUUUCUUCUUUUGAAGGGGCAUUGCCUUUACCAGUAUGCCUGUCAUGGGUGAGAGAUGGUAUUCUUGUUGUUGGAAUGGACUGUGAAAUGCAUGUUUAUUCACAAUGGCAACCCCCUUCUAAAUCUGAAUAUUUGAACAUGGAGAUAGACUCUAGCAGCACCCCAUCAUUAACAACAUCAUUGAAACUAGGCCAGAGCAGCACUUUAACCACACAACCUUCUAAAAGGAGUCUUACAAGAUCAAUGACUAGUCUUGCUCAAAAGCUCAGUGGUAAAAAGACUAUGUAUGACCUUCCUUUUGAGAUGGAGGACUGUGGUCUGUUUGAAGCUGCACAUGAGUUAUUCCCAACUUUGCCUCAGUAUCAUCCAGUGCAGUUAAUGGAGCUAAUGGAUUUGGGAAAAGUUCAUCGUGCUAAAGCUAUUUUAUCUCACUUGGUGAAGUGUAUUGCAGGAGAGGUUGUGGCUUUGAAAGAUAAUAGCACAAAUCAAGAGCGAAGACUUCGGUCACUGACAAUCAGUGCUAGUGGAAGCACUGCAAGAGACCCAAAGACAUUUAGUAAAACAGAAAAUACAGACUAUACAGAGAUAGACUCCAUUCCUCCUCUUCCACUAUAUGCUCUUCUAUCAGCAGAUCAGGAGGUAUCUCCUAGGGCUGUUGAAAAACCAAACAGCAGUGUUUCACAUAAUGGAAAUCAGGAAUCCAAAAAAGAUGAUUAUGAUGAACUGUUUCAACUUUCUUCUGUUCCUGAUGAGCUUAGCUUUAGUGAUACUGAUGGAACAGACACUAAACCAACUGUUAUUGACCUUUCUCAAUAUAGUCCUACAUAUUUUGGACCAGAGCACGCUCAAGUUCUGUCUAGUCAUCUCUUACAUUCCAGUUUACCUGGGCUUACACGAAUGGAGCAAAUGUGUUUGAUGGCUUUAGCUGAUACUAUUGCAACCACUAGCACUGAUAUUGGAGAGAGUAGAGACAAGAAUCAAGGCAGAGAAACCCUAGAUGAAUGUGGUUUAAAGUUUCUUUUAGCUAUGCGUCUUCACACUUUCCUGUUGACCUCUCUACCUCCUGCUCACAGAGUACAACUUACACAUCAAGGACUGUCAACAUGUCAUUUUGCAUGGGCUUUCCAUUCUGAAGCUGAGGAAGAAUUAUUAAACAUGCUUCCUGCAAUGCAGAGAGGGGAUCCUACAUGGGCAGAGCUGAAAGCAAUGGGAGUAGGAUGGUGGGUGCGAAAUAUAAACACUUUACGAAGGUGCAUUGAAAAGGUUGCAAAAUCAGCUUUCCAGAGAAAUAAUGAUCCUUUAGAUGCAGCAGUUUAUUAUCUUGCGAUGAAGAAGAAGGCGGUAGUCUGGGGUCUCUACAGGUCUUUAAAGGAUGUGAAGAUGACUCAGUUUUUCAGCAAUAACUUCAGUGAAGAUAGGUGGAGAAAGGCUGCCUUAAAGAAUGCCUUUUCACUUCUUGGCAAACAGCGCUUUGUACACUCUGUAGCAUUCUUCUUAUUGGCUGGUUCACUAAAAGAUGCAGUUGAGGUUUGCCUUGAGAAAAUGCAUGACAUUCAGCUGGCUCUGGUGAUUUCACGACUGUUUGAGUCAGAUUUUGAAACAUCCUCCACUUACAAAAAUAUACUGAAGAAGCGGAUUUUGGGGUAUGACAGUAAUGAAAGAACAUUUAAAAUGUCCCAGAUGCACCACGAUCCUUUAUUGCGAAGUAUGGCUUUUUGGAUACUGGAGGAUUAUGGUAGAGCUCUUGACACAUUGUUAGAAAUGCCAGUACAAGAAGAUCACCAACCACAGGCCACAGGUGCCUUGUCAUCCUCCUGUAACCCUAUGGUAUUUAACUUUUACAAUUAUUUGCGAACCCAUCCUCUCUUGUUGCGAAGACAUUUUGCCUCCUCAGAAAAGCUUACAUCAAAGAUGGGACUAACAGUUGAGAGCAGUUUGGCUGACUCUAUUAGUUUGGUUGAGAGGAGACUUUUCUUUACAACUGCUCAUUCACAUUUUAAAGCUGGAUGCCCCAUGCUUGCAUUAGAAGUGUUGUCUAAGAUGCCAAAAGUAGUCCGGAAAAACAAGACACUUUUAGGUGAAAACAUAUCAAUUUUGUCAGACAGUUCUCAAGACCUUUCACUUUCAUUGGAUGUUAAGGAAGAAACAUCUUCAGAUUUUGAUUUGUCUCAGCCAUUUGUAAAUGGUUUUAGAUCUGUUUCUGAUGGGCAUUCAGAUUCUGUUCUUAGCUUUGACUGGAGUCAACCUUCUUUAAUUAUUCCAGAUGAAAAUUUAAACUUAAAAUGGGACACUGAUGAAGAAGAUAUAGAUAAUGAACAAUCUGGCUUGUCAAUGAAAAACAUAAAAACUGAGAAUAACAACAUUAUUAAAGAGAAAGCUGAGAUCAGUUCUACCUAUACUGAGUCGUCUAGCACUUUUGAUAUCACCAGCGCUGUAAUCUCUUCUGAUGACAGUAUUACAGCUCAGUUGAAAUUCAAUGCUUGUCUUAAAAUACUCACCACUGAGCUUCGAACACUAUCUACUGGUUAUGAAGUAGAGGGUGGCAAGUUAAGAUACCAGCUGUAUCACUGGUUAGAAAGAGAGGUUGCAGCUUUACAAAAAGUGUGCAAUUAUAAUUUGGAUAUGGACUAUUCUGGUAGCAUUAAUGCAACAAAAGUAGAUGAUAUUCUGUCUUCUGGAAGAUCAAUGGAAUCAAUGAAUAAUCAGCAAAAUGCUGUACGUUACAAGGAGUACCUUCAAAGUAGACAUCAGUGGCUUGUAAAGAACCAGUCUCUUCUAAGGAUGUUUCUUAGUUAUUGCAGUCUCCAUGGCUCUCAUGGUGGAGGUCUUGCAUCAGUCAGAAUGGAAUUAAUUUUACUAUUACAAGAAUCUCAGCAGGACAAUGCACAACAAACACCUAUAAAUCCUGAGCAACACCAAAACUGUGUGCCUUUCCUUUUAGCAUGUACUGCAAGUGCAAAAACAGUUGUAACUAAUCCUGUGGUAUAUCUGACAAACCUAACCCAUGACAUUCUGCAUACUCUAAUAGACCUAGACUCACCUCCACACCCGGACAUCAAAAAUAACAAGGUCCAUGUAAUGCAUACCUUGGCAGCAUCACUUUCAGCCUGCAUCUAUCAGUGUCUUUGCAAUAGCCAAAGCUACAGUACCUCCCAUAUAAGCCAGUUUACUGGAUUUGCGUAUCAGAGUUUUUUGAUGUCAAAUCUUCAGUCUAUACGAACUGUAAGUUUAGAUGAAGCAGUUACAACAAAUACAGCACCAGCACUGUGGCCAGGUGUAGGAUCACUGAUACAUCUUCUAAAUUCAGCGGGAGAAGAGGACCAACCUCGGUUGACAGUGCUGCUUUGUGAGAUUUUGACAGCAGUUUUUCUGAGUUUGUUUGCCCACGGUCUAGCUACACAUUCUAGUAAUGAACUUUUUCGAAUCAUGGCUCAUCCAUUAAAUAGUAUGAUGUGGGCAGCUGUGUUUGGUGGUGGAGCUCAAAUACCUAUUAAAGAUGACAUCCAAACAAAGAAAACAACAGGAAGACACCUUUCUAUCCCUAGUCCUCAUCAGGUAGUAGUGUUCUCCAUGGAAUGUGUGGGGUUUUCUAAAGCCCUUGCAACCACCAGUACACAUACCACAACAGUUCCAGCAGAAGUAGACCGUGAAGUUGGCUGGAAUUUAUCUCAAACCGAUAUAGAAAAUGGUUUUGGAGAUGCUGAUCCUUCUGUUAAUGAUGGAACAGAAAAGCAUCACAGACAUUUUAAACUGUUAUCCACCAAAGGUUCAAGCAAAGAAAAUGCGACUCCCUUAACAGAUGUUGAGCAGGAAAGUCUAACAUAUAGCGAGAAAUUCAUUCCUCCUGAACUUAGUAUCUGGGAUUACUUUAUAGCUAAGCCAUUUCUGCCACCGUCAGAGAGCAAAGCAGACUAUGAUUCAGAAGAAAGUCAGGAAAGUGAAGAUGAGGAAGAAUAUGAUUCUGCCACAGAUUCUCAACUUCAGGAGCACUCCAAUCCUAAUUCAUAUAGCUGGUCACUGAUGCGUUUGGCAAUGGUGCAGUUGGUUCUUUACAACUUGAAGACUUUGUACCCAAUGGCAGGCCAUGAUCUAUCAGAGUUACCGGUUGUUUCUCCUCUUUGCCAUUCCAUUCUUAAGACUCUGCAAAGGUGGGAGCAGGUACUUCUUAAACGACUAGAGAUUUUUGGUGGUCCACCCCCUGAAUAUAUUUUAACAAACUCUUUGGAAGACACAGUGUCAUCUGGACCUGCGCUUCUGCGUCACAAGGCAUUGUUGGAACCAUCAAACACCCCUUUCCGGUCAAAGUACCAUUCAGCACUUUCUGUGAAAAGGCUAUGGCAGUACCUUGUUAAACAGGAAGAGAUACAGGAAACAUUUAUCCGAAAUAUAUUUGCUAAAAAAAUAUGUCAGACUGAGACGGAAGCAGACCAGGGACACCCUGGAGGAAAGGCAAGGAUUAUCCAUAAAGAAACUGAUAUUAUAACUGCAUUUGCUAUUAAUAAGGCAAAUCGCAAUUGCAUAGCAGUUGCUUCAGCACAUGACAUUCAAGAGCUUGAUAUUUCUGCAAUUUUGGCUACCCAGAUUUUAACGUGGGCUGAUGAUGAAGUAGAUAUGGAAAAUAAAACAAAUGAUGAUUUCUUGGUUAUUCAUGCCCGUGAAGAUUAUGCGUCUGUGCAGGGCACUACUCCAUAUACUCCUAGUAGUCCUGGGACACCAAUUAACAUGCCUUGGUUGGGAAGCAUGCAGACAGGAAGAGGAGCAUCAGUGUCAUUCAUUGUUCAGGAAAAUACAGCUAAAUUAAAUGGAAUCAGAAAGGAUUUGGCAAAAAAGGAGAUGAUUAAAAGAAAUAUAAGCAAUGCUAGAAGGAUGACAUCCCAUCCAACGUUACCUUAUUAUUUAACAGGAGCUCAAGAUGGCAGUGUUCGGAUGUUUGAAUGGGGUCACUCCCAACAGAUCAUUUGUUUCCGGCCUCCUGGAAAUUCAAGAGUUACAAGGUUAAGAUUUAAUUAUCAGGGUAACAAGUUUGGCAUUGUGGAUGCAGAUGGAUAUCUUAGCCUUUGGCAGACAAAUGCAGUAGGCCCACCAAAGCCAUAUUUGACAUUACAAUGCCACAACAAGACUGCAAAUGACUUUAUUUUUGUGGGAUCAUCAUCUUUAUUGGCAACAGCUGGACAGUCUAGUGAUAACAGGAAUAUUUGUGUUUGGGAUACUCUGGUGACACCAGCCAGUAGCUUAUUACAUGCCUUUACUUGCCAUGAGAGUGGGGCUACUGUGAUCACAUAUGCUCCAAAGAAUCAGCUGUUGAUAUCUGGAGGAAGAAAAGGGUUUAUCUGUAUAUUUGAUUUGCGCCUAAGACAGCUCCAAAAAACAUUCCAGGCUCAUGAUUCACCAGUCAAGGCUGUUGCUGUAGAUCCAACUGAAAGACACUUUAUAACUGGAUCUGCAGAGGGUAAUAUGAAGGUUUGGAGUAUGUCUACAUGUACUCUAAUCCACACUUUCCUCAAUGAACAUGCUCGGCAAUCCAUCUUCAGAAACAUUGGAACUGGAGUGAUGCAGAUAGAGGCUGGUCCAACAAGUCACAUUUUCUCUUGUGGAGCUGAUGGCACGUUGAAAAUGAGGAUCCUACCAGACCACUUUAGCAUUAUAAAUGAUGUCUGGAAGAAUAAUGUGAAAUUUAUUAUUUAACUUGAUUGAUAAAAUGGAAAUCUGGGUGAUGUAGAAAUUUUCUUGAAGCACUGAUGCCUUAAAUCAGUUGAUGAUGAUAAUCAUUAUUAUAUAACUGUUUAAGCUUUAAAAUAACUUUUUUGCUGCUGAUUUAAUUUAUUUAUUUAAAAUAAGAUCAAGAAAUAGGCAACUUAAUUAAAUGCAUUCAAAUGUAAGUUAUUAAAUCUGUUUGAAGAUUAAAUUUAACAGAGAGCUGCGUAUUUGUCUUAUUUUAAUGGACUUACUGUGACUUUCUGAAAUAUUAUCAGUUAAAAAAAGUGAGUCCAUCAUUGAUGUCAGAUCCCAGUGUCUAGUAAUGGUGUGUAUGCACUUCUAUUUUAAACAUGCAGAGUUUACUAUUAUGAUUUGUUGUCAGCUUUGAUUGUGGCACUAUUAGAUUAUUAUUUGUCUUUUUAUAAAGCUUGAGAUACCUUGCAGGAAUGUUAAUUAUGAUAGAUUAUUUAAAGAUAUAAGAUGGUAGAAGGCUGUAUCUUUGAGAACAAAUAAAAAAUAUAAAGAGCAAAGUUAAAGGAAGAAAAUAUAUAAACUGAGUAAGAGGAGGCAUGUGAAACAGUUUUAAAGUGAGCCUUCUAACUAACUGGUCUGUUUUUAGUACAUUAUUUAUAAUGAAAUUAUGUUUUUUUAUUAUUUUAAUUUAGUUUAAGAUUCACAGUGAACAUUCUGUUUUGGAAGUUUGAUUUUAAAAAAGAAUAUAAAUGUAGACUAAAUAUUGCUAAGAUAUUAAAAGAGGUUUGUUUUUGUGCCAAUAGAGUCCCACAGAUUUUUAGCCAAGAGAAACUUAGCCUGUGUAUAUUAUUUAUUUUGACUUCACUAUAUUUUCUUUUCAGUUAUUCUAGCACAGUGUAAAUAAAGUACAUAUCUAUCUAUCUAUCAAGUCAAUACAUUUUUAAAGAAUUAUUUUAACAUUUUGUGACAUUAUUAACACUGCAAAAUGUACUGGUUACACAUGUAAAAUUUAAGUGCAUUUCUGUGCUCAUGUUUUAUUUGAAAGUAAUUCAUUAUUUGUGCUUUUAAACAACAUUGAAAAGCUUCAUUUUGUGAUCCCCAUGUUGGUUUAGUUUGCUUCUUGUAUAAACCACUUUUUUGCUGCCAGUAUAUUUUCACUUUGUUCUUCUUAGCUAGAUCACUCAGUCUCCCAAUAUAGUAAGUUUAUAUGUAAAAGGUACAGUAUAUCAUGUACAGCAUAUAGUUUUGGCUAGACAAUGCACUGUUGAAAGCUUUAUUAUAUAAUUAAAUGGAUUUAUGAGCAAAAUAAUCAAAGUAUUUAAUAUGAUAUAUUGAAAUUAAUGUUCAAUGAGCAGAUUUUUUGAAAGUAGAAACUUAUAUUUGUAAUAUUUAAAAGAAAACACAAAGUAGGUAGGUAGAAAUGAUAAUUGUUACAAAGGGCUUGCUUAUGAACCUCAGGCUUUUAGGCUUCUUGUAAAUCCCACUUAAAAAUAAGUUUAAUUUGUAUAUUUAAUAGCUACAAAUAUUAUAGCUAACAUUAAGGUUUGUAUGGGAAUAAAAUAAAAGACGAAUUAGUGUUUAUUCAUAUAUGCUAAGAUUACAAUAUUUAAAAUAAGAGUCUUUUAUAAAGAAUUUGUUUUUUUUUCAGUUAAUACAGUAUGAACAUAUAUUAAAAUAAGUUGUAACAGUAUAUAAAAUAUUUGUGAACCUACUUUCUUCUCUUGAUUGAUUUGUACAAAUAUAUAGGAUAAGAGCUUUAUAGAGUGAAGCUAUAAAAUUCUGAAAAGGUGCUAAACCAUAAUAUUAAACUAUUGUAGAAUACUUUAGUUUUUCAUUUUAAUAGUGCAAUGUUGUAAAUGCUAGAUAUGUAAAAAAUCUGAAAUCACAUCCAUUUAAAUAAACAGUUAACAGAUUUGUUAUACCUUUUUAAAUGUUGUCUUUCUUUGAAAUGUAAUGAUGUGAAGGAUGUGAUCUCCAUUUAUAUUAUAGUAACAUUAAUAUCCGGUUGUAAUUUUUCUAUUAUCAGUAUUUUAGUUUAUUAUAAUCUUGGUUAAACAGACUAAUGAAUCAUUGAUUUUAGUCUUGUUUGACAUCUCACCAGUAACUGUGGUAGUCUGUACUUCGACUAGUGAGAACAAUUUUUUAGUAUACAUUGUAUGAACAUUGAGUCUCUAAGAUAAUAUGCUGAUUAUGAGAUGAAUGAAGAGUAGAUUUUUGUCAGGUAAUUGUUUUAUAUGAUAGGUGGAUUUGUUACUGUAGAACUGAAACCCUGACAGCAACUUCUCGAUAAUCAUUAAAUUAAUAGUUUAAUUUUAAAAAUAAUUAGUUAAUUCGAUAAAUUUAGUAUGAUUAAAGGAUACCCAUUAAUUAUUCAUCUGUGCCUACAAAUUCAUUCUCGGAUUGUUAAAGCCUUAGUGUUUGUAUCCAUUCUUCACUCACACUAUAUAUAUAUUUCACCAAAGCAUUAAUACUUUUAUUAAAAGCUUAAAUUAUCUAACCCUGUUAUUCCAUUUCUGGUUUGAGAGAGGAAACAGCCAUGACCAGAUCACCAUUUUAUACCAUCCUCAUGGUACUCAUUCUCACAAACAAACUCACUCACACUGUGGCCAGUUUAAAGUUGUCAGUUAACGUAGUCUGCAUAUCUUUAGAGAAAAAAUUUUUGUGAAUGAAAUGUAAAAAUCAAAAAACACUUAUAUACUUCAAAAUACACUUUCUAAGUCAGUAAUUUAUGAUAGCAUCAAAAUCAACCUUUUGAGACUUUAGGUAAAUGUUGUCUGGCUCAUCUUCACUAGAGAUUCUACACACCACUUCCUCUCUCACGGUAAGCAAUUGUGCUUCAUCACACCAUACAUAAUCCAAAGAUACACAGGAACAGAUUUAAAACAACAAUGUUAAUGUCCUGGAAUGGCUUAGUCAGAGUCCAGAUCUCAGUCCAUAUGAGAAUUUGUGUCAGGACUUGAAAAAGUGGUCCUCACAAUCCCUGUGGCAACCUGAAAGAACCUGAACAGCUUUACAACCAAGAAUGUGGAAAAAUUGCAGUGUCCAGAUGAUCACACAGGCCCACAGUUGUAACAGCUCCCAGCCAUGUAUCUACUAAAUGCAGACUUGAAGGGGGUGAAUACUUAUGCUGUCAUUUGUUUUGUGUGUAAUAGUUUGUAAUUAAUUUAGACAACUUUGCAGCGCUUUGUUUUAACUUAGCAUGUUUUUCAUUGAAGAUAUAGUAAAAAAAAAAAAAAAAA